AUGGCAGGAGAUUACUGGCUGCGUUUAUUCAGAAAACGAUACAGAGAAGAAAUCUCCCUUCGUAAACCAGAAGCCACGAGCUUGGCGCAUUUACAAGUAGCUAAUAUUUGGAAUAUAGAUGGGACAGGAUUAUCAACCGUGCACGUCCCUCCAAAAAGUCUGGCACCAACUGGAGUUAAGCAAGUAGGAUCCAUGACAAACGCUGAAAUAGGAGCCACCGUUACGAUGAUAGAUGCUUAUAAUGCCGGUGGAGGAUUUAUUCCAGCAAUUCUUAUCUUCCCAAGGGUCAAUUUUAAAGAUUUUAUGAUUUGUGGAGCACCAGAUGGCACUGUAGGCGUUGCCAAUCCAUCAGGAUGGUCUAAUGAAGCCACUUUCGGGAUGUUUAUGGAUCAUUUCAUAAAAUUUGCAAGACCUUCUAAAGAGCGGCCUGUUAUUGUUCUAAUGGACAAUCUCGAAAGCCAUAUUUCUGUUACAGCAAUUCGCCUAGCCAAAGAAAACGGUGUCAUUCUUGUUACGCUACAUCCACACACAAGCAAUAAAAUGCAACCAUUGGACAAAUCAGUUUUUGAACCAUUUAGAACAUAUUUUAAUCAGGCAGCUAACGAAGAGCUAAUGACACCUGGACACAUAGAAAAACCAUUGACAAUUUAUGAUAUUGCUGACUUGGUCGGAAAAGCAUUUCCACCUGCGUUUACACCAAUGAACAUUGCGAAUGCUUUCAAGGCUACAGGAUUUCAUCCACUAAAUGAGAAUAUAUUCUCAGAUACUGACUUUUUGGCAGCAAACUUUUCAGAUCGGUCUUUACCCCAAGAAAUUUACACCCAGCCAGAUCGUCUUUUGCAGUUGAUCAUCUUUGGCCCCCAGAAUCUUGUGCACAGACUG